CGAUUGAGUUACUCCGGCUCGUUUGAAAAUUCGUUACUGCCAACUGUCACUUCGAGGAACCUCACGGAAAUAACUGUAAAUUCAGGUCACUCGAUAUUCUUCUCUUACUUAGGACACGACAGAGUUCUAUUUUGUCCAAAACAAUCACUACGUAGAUAUCGUUCCAAGAAAUGGCACGCGAACAGGAAUUUGACUUCAGUGGCCAUCGUCCGUUUCUCUGUCGUCUAGUGUUGCCGUAAAAUUGAGGUUAGGUUAAAUUUGUCAUAAUAAUUACCUAUAUUAUAGCAUUGUUUAUUAUAAUAUUGUCAAUUAGCAGAGUUCUACGAAAGUGAAAAAUGGCAUUCGCGUGUGUCCCGCAGGGAAUGUACUUACAGUAAUGCCCCGCAAGGCUACUCAAAAGACUAGAUCACGUGUACUGCUGUCGCCUGGUUUUAUCGGCAAGUAGCUGGACUUUUACUGUUAGGCAUUAGCGUCCUUCUUAUAGGAGAAGGCUGGCAUGUAGGCAGACGGGCUUCGCUUUGCGGAUCUCAAGCGAGUAGGAAGAUUCUCAUAAGGCCAGUUAUGCUAACUGGACGAAGUCGAAGUCUUCGACGAGGAGUCUGCUCGAUCGCUUUUACAAGUGGGAAGCUUUGCAACUUGGCAACUUGGCAAUUCCUCUGUCUUCUCUUAUCUCUCUCUCUCUCUUAUUCGUCCCCUCAUUCCACUUGGGCUCUCCUCUUGACUCUCCUCGGUGAAAAAGGCGAGAUCGCGUUCCGGCAAACCGAUGCACUCGUACGUGAAUCUCGCGUCUCUGCGGGCCGUUACUUUUGAAGACACCGACGACUCCUUUUGCUCAUCUUUUCAGAUUGUCUCGCUGGCCCCGUCCGAGAAAGAGAGAGAGCCGGACUCUCUGGAUUCUCGAGUCCCUCGCGGUUCUCUCAGCUGAUCCGAUCUUGCCUCUUGGGCUCUUUUCCCUCCUUUUUCAUUUCCUACCAUUACCAGCAGAGUCCCAACGUUGCUUCUGCACUGGCUUCGUCGCAGAGUGGCGGGGCUACGUAAGACGUAAGGCGUUCACCUCUCGAUUCCGCGAUAUAUUCCGCAUUAGUAGGAUUUUUCUUUUCGUUCUUUCAGACAAAGAAAAUUGAAAUCGCGACGCGCUGAUUUCGCGAAAAUUUAUAUUUACCCAUAAACCACAGACAGGGAAGGCAGGAAGGCCAGCUGUUGUUUAGAAUGUGCAGUGACAAAAUUCUUUUGCCGUCCAAGGUCUUAGAGGAAGGAACAGGCGAGAAAACGGUACGAGAGAGAGCAGGAGACCGAGAGAUUCUAUAUUAGAACCAGCAUAGGUACGCUCGUUGGAGCGUUUCAGCGUUUCAGUGCGACGUGCACUGUCGAGGUUGAAUUAUCAAAGUAAAUGGUGAGCAGUGCCUAAUCGGAAAAAGGGAUGGCCCUGGUUACUCGAAAUUGGCGGGGACCAGGUCAGACGUCGUCGGAGAUUAAUCUCGGGCAGAUUAACAAGGUGGUUCCUGAGGAAGAGUUGGUUCCCUCCAUUCCGGGAAACGGUUUUGAAUCCUUGAGCGAUUCCUGCGGCGAGAGCGACAUGGAGGGCCUCGACCUUUCGCUCUUUGAACCCAACGUAGACGCAAGCUCUUGGUACGACGCUCGUGUCCACGCCGGGACGCUUUUACUUCUCGUCCAUUGUUCCGAGGCGGAUUGCUGCGUCGGCGAGAGUAACGCUGAGGCAUGCUGGGAACCGUGCUACUGCGUCCUCCUUCAGGACGAGCAAACCCUCACCGCCUACAGGAGCGAGGACAUGGCACUAUUCGCCGGGACCGCCUGUAUGUUCAAGUCUCAUACCAAGCUCGGGGACGCAAUGUUCGUCGAGCUGCCGCGCGUUCGUCUCGACGGGGGUGCUCGAGCAUUCCGUCAGCACUGGGGAUACGAGACGCGACCCCUGGCGCCGCCGCCACCCCUCAUCGAGGAGGACGAGGUAGCCGUUGAACCGGAAACUGUCAGCCUUCGGGAAGCCAACACCGCUUCCCCCAUAGCGCCGGUAUUGAGGAGGGUCUCUGCUUUACCGACAAGAGGAACGCACCAUAGGCAUACCGUGGUUCCGGAAGUCGCGUCUCUUCGUCAACUGGCACCAGGGCAUUCUCACUGCGACUGUGAGUCCAAGUCAAUGUCUUUGCCCAGAGCGUUUUAUCCGGAGCUACCUGAGCCGUACGAUCGAGGUGAGUCCAGAGUUAUGUCCUUACCUAGAGGCGUUAAUGGUCAGAGGGAGGACAGGCGACGCGACCGUAAAGAUACCUCCUACGAGAAGGCCUGUCGAAGGGGUAGCGCUCCAGCCACACCUGUUCUUGGUGCGCGACCUCUGGAUGUCACCCCCAAUCGUAUUGUCAACUUCUUCUCGAAGAGGUCCUUCCGCUCGAACCCAUUGAAGAGGACGAAGAGCGUGACGAAACUCGAGAGGCAGAAACAACGUGGUCCGGGUCUUCGGGGUUGUCGCUCGCACGAGUCACUCCUCUGCGGGCAGGCCGUGACCUCGAUGGACCUGGCUGCAGUGACGCCCCUGCAUCCCAGCCUACUGGGUCGGCCACACUGUUUCCAGGUGACACCCAGCACCGGGGGACCCAAGUACUUCAGCUGCAGAACUGCGCACGAACGAGAUCAGUGGCUGCAUAGCUUGAGGAAAUCUGUACAACCUGAUGCCGAGCAGACGAGGCGAACCGACAACUCUCUACAGAUUUGGCUACUCGAGGCGAAAGGCGUUCCUGCAAAGAAGCGAUACUUCUGUGAGGUCUGCCUCGACAGCACUCUGUACGCUCGCACCACGGCGAAACUUAAGGCUGAUCUGUGCUUCUGGGGAGAGCACUUUGACUUUCAUCAUCUGCCGUCAGUCAAUACCAUUCAGGUGAAUCUCUAUAGAGAGGCAGACAGGAAGAAGAAGAGAGACAAAAAUGUUCUGAUCGGUUCAGUCAGUAUACCAGUACACAACGUAACGUCUCGAUAUCUCACGGAAAAAUGGUAUCCAGUGGUAGGCGACAAGGGACCACUGAAGGAGCCGCCGGCUCUUCGAGUGAAGUGCCGGUUUCAGUCGGUAGACAUUUUACCGGUACAAGUUUAUCAGGAGUUCCUCGAAUACCUCAAGACCGAUUACGCCUCGUUGUGCGAAAAACUCGAGCCGGUGAUUGGUGUCAAAGCAAAGGAGGACAUCGCAACCGCUCUGGUGGCCGUUAUGCAGAGGGAGAAAAAGGCGUCUCAGUUCUUGGCUGAUCUGGUCAUGAUGGAUAUACAUAGAAUAGACGACGAAAGACUCACGUUUAGGGGGAAUUCCUUGGCUACCAAGGCUAUGGAAGCUUACCUUAAGUUAACGGGAGAUCGGUACCUACAGGAGACGCUGGGAGCCGUCGUACGUGGCGCGGUCGAGGGUGGCGACUGUGAAGUCGAUCCUUUGAAAGUCUCAUCCGUUGCAGCGCUUCACAAGCAGCAGCAGAAUUUACGUGCUGCCGUGGAACUUGCGUGGAGUCGAAUACUAGGGAGCCAUGCACAUUUUCCCAUGGAGCUGCGCGAAUGCUUCCGCAUAUUUCGCGAGCGUCUAGCUGAAAUGGGACGCGAGGAUAUUGCAGACAAUCUCAUCUCGGCCUCGAUAUUCCUCAGGUUCCUGUGUCCGGCCAUUCUCAGUCCUUCGCUCUUCAACAUUACACACGAAUAUCCAAAUGAGAAGGCAGCGCGAAAUCUCACCCUAGUGGCGAAGACCCUGCAGACUCUAGCGAACUUCACCAGGUUCCAGGGUAAAGAAAAUUUCAUGGAGUUCAUGAACGAUGUCCUGGAGCGCGAGGCAUCUGCUAUGAAAAAUUUUCUGCAGCUGAUCAGCAGUCCAUUGCCGAAAGAUGCUCCUGCUAAUAACUCUUUGGAAUUCGACGGCUACAUAGAUCUGGGAAAACAACUCUCGUUACUCCAUUCGCUACUGCGUGAGAGUGUCGCUGCGUCGCCCUCCUCAUCGCCAUCCUCCCCAGCGUCUCGUCUUCCUGAGAUCCUCGAGAGGAUAUCUUUAGCGUUAGAUCAACCAGGACCAAGUCCUAUACCGACUUCUCAUCGUUAUCCUAAUCUACAGAAUAAUAUAUUCCGCUAUAACGAUCCCACGAUCGGUAAUAGCAACACGAAUCUCUCGAUAUCGGCGACCUCAACCUUAAGCAAUCACAGCACCCUGAACGGUACAAUUAGGGAUAGUAACGAAGUCCUGCAGUCGAGUACCCUGGGGCACAACAGUUCACGAAGUCCAAACGUCAUCCGCGCGGCGACCUUACCAAGAAAUGCUUAUCUACCAACAAACGGAAAGCUUCAGCUCCAGAUCAGCACGGACGACUAUCCUCUGGAGCCCGCCGCGUUCGUUUCACGAUCGCCAACUCCAGUCGCGAGGCAACAUCGUGCCCUGGCGCCGAAUCGCACCGGCACAGGUUACAGACUGACGACCAGCGCCAGUUUAGCCAACGUGAAUCACUGCCAGGUUCAUCCAACAAGUCCAACGCGAUCCGAGAGCCAGACAAAUUUAAAGGAUUCGAAUUACAACAUAACCGGACAGACUAUGAAUCCUAACAAUGGUUCGAUUGGUCAGCACCAUCGUCAUAACAUAGCUCGACUUCAGAAUCUUGAGAUGCACGAGCAGGAUAACUACAAUCACAACAACUACAACAUCUCGAGGUCAGGGAGCAGGAAUCACUGUCACAAGGAGGAGAACGCGAAUCAAACCCAAAACUACAAUAACAUCUCGAAGACGACGAUCAAUGCAAACGUCAAUCCGAAUUUGACCCUGUCGAUUAAUCAACCAAACAACAAUUACGGGAAGCCAGGCAGCAUGACCAGCGCUAACGGGAAUCUCGAGGAGCUCUCAGAUCUGCUCAGGUAUGCCGAUGACGAAGUGUCCGAGUCCAAGUCCCAGAAAGGAUCCCAGAUCUCCAUCUCCCAGCUGAGCAACGUAGCGUCUUCCGGUUAUCAGAGCUUUGCCGCUUACAGUCAAAGCUCGAGCCCGGUCGACCUCAGCAACAACGCCAAUGCGCACAUACUGAACACCGCGCCGUUGGCCUUUGCGAAUCCGGUCUAUCACAUGGAAUCCACGCACGGCAGAACCACCAGAAGAGGAAGUACCAGCUCGGAGGAACGGGAAGGCAGCGGUGGAGGCGUCGAGGCCGUCAGAGGCGUCGACCUCAGUCCUUCACCACCUCCGCAGCCCAUCAGAAACAUUCAGAGGAAUGCUCAGAAUCAAUGGAGGCAAGGUAACAACGUUCACAGGACCUCGUCCGAGCAACCUCAGCCUGUUUGCUGUCCUAAGCUCAGAAGACGGCUCUCUCUCGAUUCCACGAGAGAUCUUUCAGAUACCAGCGAAGAGGAGAGUUGCGCCACCAGGAGAAGCAAAUCUCGCAGUCAUCGUAGUAUCGACCAGUACGAAGUGGAAAUCGAGAGGCUGCAAAGUAGCGUAGAUCGGCUACGCGCUCGAUUAGGCGCCACGGAGGAUACUGAAAUAGACGGCAUUGCACCCGACACCAAGAUGAAGAGCAUCAUCUCCAGGUUAAUAUCCGUGGAGGAGGAACUACGACGCGAGCAGCAGAAGAUGUCUGCAGCAUUGUCGUUCAAGCAGCGCGUGAUCGACGCGCAAGAGCAACAAAUAGCUGCCCUGGACGCGGCAAAUUCGCGCCUCAUGUCAUCGAACACAAGACUGUUGUCCGCAUUGAGCACCCUCAAGCAGCGAUACAACGCCAAGGCACAGCCGAGCAGCGAGGCUGCUGCUCUUCUGCAAAAUAUCGCUGAUAUCGGGGAACUUAAGAGCUCCUCCUGUUAGAGAGUUUACGCGGAGCAAUGACGACGUCUUUGCCGGGACUGGUUCUGGAUCUGAUGAGUUUAACACUGAGCAUGGUUCAUGAAAAUAAGUUAGGCUACCUAGCUCGAGCUAUUAGGAUUAGGUUAGUAGAACCUAGAAGCUCGUCUGGAGCGUUCGAUGCUUCGAGGACUAACGUAUAAUAGAAGAGAGGCUACCAUAGUGAUUAGGCAUAGAACGCGUAGAGAAUUGUUGUCGGUUGAACGUCAAAUAAAUGACAGACGUGCCUCAUAGAGGAAUAAAUAAAUGGCGACUGCUGCAGUGUUGGCGGAGAGUCAUAGUUUUAAUUCUCGGUGAACGAUCAUCUUGGCUUUGCCUCGUUCGAGCUGGAACAAGGAUAAAGACAGGGUGAAGAUCCCUGCUGGAAUACUCGUUAAAAUUUAUCAGACGGAGACGUUCCACCUAGAUCUUCUCUGCGUUUUGGAAUAUAAAAAGUACCUUUGGCCACGUGCCAUCGAAUCCGCAUGAUCGAUCGAGAGAAGCAUUUUAAUAAUGAUUGUUAAGAGACACAUCUUUCGAGGCUCUUUAUACCCGUAACGCGCGAGUAUAUUUUCCUCUAGACGAAUUACGUAGAAACUGUAAUACCAGAGAGAACAAGUCCCGUUCGAUGCUUUACGACGUGAAUCAUGCGAAUCUAGGAAAAGAUAAAUGCCGCCGCGUUUCACAAUUGCGUUGUCACUACGUUAAUCGUGCGGAGCGUGAGGUAUAGUCAGCUUGGAACGUGGCUUGACCUAAACAAAGGAAAAGAAAAACCUUACUCUUCUAAGCAAUGAUAUUUAUUUUAUAGUUUCUACCAAAGAUGAAGAUUUUUCCAUUUGUAUAAAUGUUUCGCGUUGUUGUAGAUACGUGUCUUUUUUUUUUGUAUAUCGUUUAAGCUGCUUAUUUUCUUUGAGAAAUACUUUCGGCAAUCGAUAUACGCAAUCGGUGCGCUUUCUUUUCGCAUUGACUUUCAAUAUUAACGAAUGGCCAACGUGAGCCAUUAUCAUGCACGCCUCGACCUGAGUUUCGCAGACCAUGGAAACCGAAGGGAGAGAUUUUCCUUGGAAACUGCCAUUUCUGCUGUACUGAAAAUUUCAAUGAGUUUCUGGCUGCCUGCGUGUCACAAACACCGAGGGCGCGAAAAUGCGUUUGCAGCGCGCGACACCCAAAUUAUUAAAUUCAAAUAAUAUUUGAUUCACUGAUCGAUGGUGUGUUUACUGCGUUUUACAUCACAACAAUUUACCGUAGCCAUUACUUUACGCUAGUAAAAAGAGAGUGUACGCGACGGAAUGCAUGAAGCGUGAGAAUCCGAGUGAUAGAGAGUAUUAUUAUAAUUUUAAUUUAAUCCACGUAAAAGUAUUAUAUUUACGACUUGUACAAUAUGGUUGUUCACGCGUAAAUGAAGGAACUUUGGUUUCUUUACAAUUUUUCUUUUGUCGAUACACCUGUAUAGAGAUUAUUUUAUAUUCUUUCACUUUGUUUAUCAUCUCUUUUCUCUUUCUUUCUUUCUUGUUUUUUCCUCAAUUUUGUACUUUUCUCAUAUAUAUAUAUAUAUUUAUAUAUAUUCUUCGGGUUUCGAAUAAAAUUCCUCCACCGCCAAGUGUCUACAUCAUGAAGUUAAUGUAUUAAUGCUACUUUGCUGGAUGAUGUAAUCGAUUAAAUAGUGAAUAUCUAUUUAAUAUGAAUUAUUAGUAUGUACAUUAAUAAGUUUGGUAUAUUCUUUUCUGUAAUAGAUCACCUGUAUUUAAGCAUAUAGCAGUUAUUAGUACCAUAUGAAAGAAAUAAAGAUGAUUAGACAUA